GUGCAUGAUAUGCUUAUUAUGGGAUGACUUGGUAUGAAAGUCUGAAUGGACGAAGCUUUGAGGAGGGUGCUCGGUGGAAAUAAGGAGCAGCGCUGGGGACUGAUGUCUACUGAGCCAUUUCCACUAGCAGUCAGCGGCAGUCCAACAAAGAGCUUACAAGGUGCCCUACUGGUGACCCCCUGCCCACAAAUGCCACUGUCCCAGUGUCCAAAACCCAGCAUUGCAGAAGGCUCUGUCAGCAGCUCUCAGAGAGGGAGUAUCCCCUACAUGCUUAAGAAUGGUGCUGCAGAGCGCUUCCGCAGACACAGUGUGGAUGGUAGCUCUUUGGGUCAGGAGCAUGGCUCCAGCAAAGACAAGCGCUUUCACCCUUACAGCAGGCAGUACAGCGAUGGAGCAGCUGCUGGAGGCAGAGCAGCCUACUGCUGCCUCAGAGAGUGCCAACUGACUGAUUCACUCACUCCAGCCCUGAACAGCACUGUGGAGGAAGAAGAGCAGAAUGCCUGGACUCCCUUCAGCACCGCUGUGCAGCCGUCCAUGUUUAUGGGGGCAGAACAAAGUCCUGCUGACAUGCAAACCAUGCCUGAGGAGCCGCCCAAUUAUUCAUCAUCUCCCCACAGCACAUACAGCACCCUCCAACAACCGUUUUCAGGCGAAUACUCAUCUGGAGGACUAGCAGGCAAUUCACACUUCUCUUACCAAAACUUCUCUUCACAAACCAGUCAGGAGGGUCCAGUCCAGCCUCUCUACCCCAAACCCAUCUACUCCUAUAGCAUUCUCAUUUUCAUGGCUCUGAGGAACAGCAGGACUGGCAGUCUGCCAGUGAGUGAAAUCUACAGCUUCAUGACGGAACAUUUUCCCUAUUUCAAGACAGCACCUGAUGGUUGGAAAAACUCUGUCCGCCACAACCUCUCCCUCAACAAGUGCUUUGAGAAAGUGGAGAAUAAGAAUGGGAACACUUCUCGUAAGGGCUGCUUGUGGGCCCUCAACCCUGCCAAGGUGGAGAAAAUGCAGGAGGAGCUGCAUAAAUGGAGGAGGAAAGACCCAGUGACAGUGCGCAGGAGCAUGGCCAGACCAGAGGAGCUGGAUCAACUUCUUGGGGAAAGACCAGAGAAGCUAAAGUCUCUCUCUGCCCACCUCAAUAACCACACAUACCCUCAGUUCUCAAGAGUCAGUAUGCCUCCUUCCUACAGUUCCAGGACCCCCCUUAGGCGACCCCACUACAGUCACUAUGGCUUACCUUCACAAACUCUCUCCCAGCAGCACCCCUACCUGCCCACCAACCCCCAAGCCUUCUCCUUCUACACCUCCAUCACUCAACAGCCCAGCACAAGGCUGCCCCCUAGAACAGGCAGCCUGGACUCUCCUUUACCUGCCCACACCCCACCCAGCUACAGCUCUGCCCUUCAGGCCAGCCACAGUGCUGCAGGGAGCAUGCAGGAGCUGCUGAUGGAUGGAGAACUGAGCAAUGACAUUGACACACUCAACCCCAGUCUAACAGACCUGCAGCUCCAGGGACAUCUCUGGGAGGAGUUGAGGAAUGACAGCUUGGCUCCGGACUCUCUGGUAGUCAUGGACACGUCCACCUCCCCUGGCCAGAUCAGCCCCAACCAGGCUGGGGAUUGUGUUGAGGGUUGUGGCUCAGGCAGUGGUGAAGUGAGCACAACUGGGUCAGAAACAGGGCUGCAGGCCGCAGGACUCUACACACCCAGCUUCAGCAGUGCAGACAGCAUGGCCGGCCUUCAUUCCCCCUCAGUAAACACUCCAAUUCCACUGCUAUGAAGAGGUGCUACUUUCAUCAGAGGACUCUACCAUAUCCUCUGCUUCCUAACCUGGAUAUAUAGUUAGUAUCUGAGUUCCUAAUGAACAUCUGUGAACAAGUAAAACACUGGAUGAAAUAAGGUGCUUGAUUUAAAACCUUGAUUUUUUUUGAUAAUUUUUACACAUUUAAAAAAUUUUAGACUUAGGCAAAGCAAUGUUUUUACAAGCUUUAUGUGUCAUUACUUCAGUCUGCCAUUGAAGAUGCUGUAUAAUCUCAUAGAAGGUUUAGAUGCUC